GAUUUGCAUGCGCCUCCUAUGAUAAUAUGGCAGCCAAACGCUGACCUCAUCUAGAUUUUAACUUCAUCAUGCCUGAUCCAGGACCCAAAUCCGCGCCGAAGAAAGGCUCAAAGAAAGCUGUCUCCAAGACCGCAGUCAAGGGCGGCAAGAAGCGUCGCAAGACCAGGAAGGAGAGCUAUGCCAUCUACGUGUACAAGGUGCUGAAGCAGGUCCACCCCGACACCGGCAUCUCCUCCAAAGCGAUGGGGAUCAUGAACUCCUUCGUCAACGACAUCUUCGAGCGUAUCGCCGGUGAGGCCUCUCGCCUUGCUCACUACAACAAGCGCUCCACCAUCACCUCCAGGGAGAUCCAGACCGCCGUCCGCCUGCUGCUCCCCGGGGAGUUGGCAAAGCACGCCGUGUCUGAGGGCACCAAGGCGGUGACCAAGUACACCAGCUCCAAGUAAACUGACAAUUUACAACCAAUCCAACGGUCCUUUUAAGGACCACCCAAUUCUGCCUAAGAUCUUUCCUUCUGACUAUGAACUGCCUCCACAUGGGGUUAUAUGCUAACACAUUGGCCGCCGGGUAGAGUCGAUCAGUUCGCCGGUGUUUCCUGUAACUAUUUGGUUAGUAUUAUAUACUUGGGCCAAACUCAAAACAAAUAGCCUCCAAGUUACCCUUCCCGUGGUAUGUCUCACAAUAGCAUACAUAGUCGUUGUCAAGUGAUUGUCUCCUUGAGUAUUUGUCCUGUCAAAUACAAGCAGGCUGAUUUAAAACUGCGAUCCAAAACGUUUGAGCCUAUUUAACAGCUGAGCAUUGAUUAAAAUGGUACAUGAA